UCAAAUUAUUUUUCUUCAAACUCAGAUACCAAACCCACGAAAACGGCUUCGCAUUUGUGCUCAGUUGAUAAAAAUUAAAUUCCAAUUAAAAGAAAGAAGAUACGAAAGAAGGAAGUUGAGAACUAUUUGAUAAGUUGCGUUUAUAAUCUAUUUCAACACCAACCUUUUUGAGGGUUUUGGAGAGUAUCAGAAAUCCCAGAAACCUUGGAGGAGCUUCUACUGUAUUUUAUUUUUUUAAUACUUCUUUCCGAUCAAACCUCAGGGUUUGGGGGGAUACUAGGGUUUGGUGACAAUGUCUGCAGGAGUUUGCGGCAAGCGUCUGGGUUUCGAAGAAAUCUUCGGAUCUUCGACGCCGUCGUCGUCGGCCAAGAGAUCUAGGUAUUCUAUUUUUGGUUCUCCGAUCCGUUCGGCUGAUUUCGGGUUCGGAUCUGAUGAUAACAUCUUGACUUUGCUCCGUAUGUUCCCUGCCAUGGAUCGUGAGGUGGUGGAAACUAUUCUCAAUACUCACAAUCAUAAAAUCGAAGAUGCUAUUGAGAAUCUUCAUGCUCUAUCCCUUGCUGGUGGUUCUGCCAAAAAUGGAUCUCAGAGCCUUGAUUCAACAGCAAUUGCAAAUGGCCCCAAUGUUCCAGAUAAUACAAAUGGUCAGACAUCAGAGCAGGAAAUUGAAGACUUACGGGUUGAUUAUUCAAUUAGUGAAUCUACAAGCUCUACAGGUACAGAUGGAUCUAAGUGGGUAGAUAUUUUUGUUCAAGAAAUGAUGAAUGCAACAGAUCUCGAUGAUGCUAGGGGUCGUGCUGCUAGGAUCUUAGAGGUUUUUGAAAGGAAUGUUGUUGCUCAUGCAAGGGCAUUAGAAGAGCAAGAGGUAGCUUCUCUGAGAGAACAUCUGCAGAGCUUAUUAAAUGACAAUCAAAUACUAAAGAGAGCUGUUGCCAUCCAGCAUGAACGAAGUUUGGAGCAAGAGGAGAAGGUUAGGGAAGUACAAGAGUUGAAGCAUAUGAUAAGUCAGUACCAAGAACAAUUACGAACAUCAGAGCUUAACAAUUACACACUGAAGCUCCAUCUACAGAGGGCACAUGAGUAUAGUUCCAGUCCAGGGCAUUUUCGUCCAGAUGUGUUUUAAGCCUGUCACUCUUGAGCGUAUUUUCCCUGCAUUUGCUCGUGUAUUUUACUUCAUAUUGUUGAUACUGCAAAAAAUUGUGAGCCGACGUGGAAAUUGUAGUUCUGCUUCUGCAUGUUAACCAAUGCUGACGAGAUCAUCCAUCCACUUUUGCGUCUUUCUAUAUACAGUUGCGGCAAUUUCGGUGUUUGAGUUACUCAGCUGGUUAUUUGGCAAGUGUCAAGUUGCUAGUCAUUUUAAAAUAGAAAAUUUAUUUUGUUUUAGAGUGCCUGAAUCAGUUAUACUCACAGCUUGUUUCGCAGUAAUGUAAAUUUGAAUAUUUGAUUGACAAAGAGGAACUGCCUGGCCUGUAAUAGUUUGUAAAUUAUAUUUCUUUUAACGGGAGAAAGGAUUUUGAGAUGAA